CUGCCAGCCGCGUCGGGCAGCCCCGAGCAGGGCAGCAGCGAUGAGCAGCGCUUCGGACCUCCAGGGCCCCAUGCAAGGAGAGGUGGCUCAACAGGAGACGGAAGAGAUGAUCCCAAGUAAAAGGGGUGCUGUCCUUGUGGAUGGGGUUGUGUUGAAUGGCCCCACCACUGAUGCAAAAGCAGGAGAAAAAUUUGUGGAAGAGGCCUGUAGGCUAAUAAUGCAAGAGGUGGUUUUGAAGGCUACAGAUGUCCGUGAGAAGGUUUGUGAAUGGCAGCCUCCUGAGCAACUGAAGCAGCUUCUUGAUUUGGAGAUGAGAGACACGGGAGAGCCACAUCACAGGCUCCUGGGACUCUGCCAGGAUGUCAUACGCUACAGUGUCAAAACCAAUCACCCAAGAUUUUUCAACCAAUUGUACGCUGGACUUGACUACUACUCCUUGGUUGCGCGGUUUAUGACAGAAGCAUUAAAUCCAAGUGUUUAUACGUAUGAGGUGUCCCCAGUGUUUCUAUUAGUGGAAGAAGCGGUACUGAAGAAAAUGAUUGAAUUUAUUGGCUGGAAAGAAGGGGAUGGAAUCUUUAACCCAGGUGGUUCAGUGUCCAACAUGUACGCCAUGAACCUAGCUAGAUACAAAUACUGCCCUGACAUUAAGGAAAAGGGCCUCUGGGGGCUGCCAAGAUUCGUCCUUUUCACAUCUGCCGAGUGUCAUUACUCCAUGAAGAAAGCGGCGUCCUUUCUUGGGAUUGGUACUGAGAAUGUUUGCUUUGUGGAAACAGAUGGAAGAGGUAAAAUGAUACCUGAGGAACUGGAGAAACAAGUUGGGAAAGCCAGAAAAGAGGGAGCCGCUCCGUUUCUGGUGUGUGCCACAUCGGGCACAACAGUGUUGGGGGCUUUCGAUCCUCUGGAUGAAAUUGCUGACAUCUGCGAGAGGCAAGGCCUCUGGCUUCAUGUGGAUGCUUCUUGGGGUGGCUCAGCUUUGAUGUCCAGGAAGUAUCGCCAGCUACUACAGGGCAUCCACAGGGCUGACUCGGUGGCCUGGAACCCACACAAGAUGCUUCUGGCUGGAAUCCAGUGCUGCGCCCUGCUUGUGAAGGACAAAUCGGAUCUUCUUAAGAGGUGCUACUCUGCCAGAGCCUCUUACCUCUUCCAGCAGGACAAGUUCUACGAUGUCAGCUACGACACUGGAGACAAAUCUAUCCAAUGUAGCAGGAGAGCAGAUGCCUUCAAGUUCUGGAUGACCUGGAAGGCCCUGGGCACAUUCGGCCUAGAGGAAAGAGUGAAUCGUGCUCUUGCUUUAUCUAGAUACCUAGUGGAAGAAAUCAAGAAGAGAGACGGAUUCAAGUUACUGAUGGAACCUGAAUAUGCCAAUAUUUGCUUUUGGUACAUUCCACCAAGCCUCAGAGAAAUGGAAGAAGGACCUGAAUUCUGGGCAAAACUUCAUUUGGUUGCCCCAGCCAUCAAGGAGAGGAUGAUGAAGAAAGGAAGCUUGAUGCUUGGCUACCAGCCCCACCGUGGGAAAGUCAACUUCUUUCGCCAGGUGGUGAUUAGUCCCCAAGUGAGCCGGGAGGACAUGGACUUCCUUCUGGAUGAAAUAGACCUCCUGGGGAGAGAUAUGUAGCUGUGGCUUUUGGUGCCCCCAGGCACAGAUCCUGUCCUGAGGAGGGUGACGGCAAUCUAGAGAAACAUAGGAGAUGCUGGCCUGUCUGAUGAGGAAUAGGAAAUCGCCCUCAGCUCAAGUCCAGCCGAAACACACUGCUCAGAGAAUAACGUUCAGGAUUCUUUAGCUGCACAGGCAUCACUGUUCCUGUAAAGGAGGAACUUUAAAACAAUGAUUUUCUCAAGCAUUUUCCCCAGCGCAUGGCCUUACAGAGACUUGGUUUAGAAAGAAUAUUGUGGAUUGGGGGUCUAAUCUUUCCUUUCUCUUUAAAGCACAUAGAAACUAAGAGUUUAAGGCAGUGGCUCUCAAAGUAUGGUCAUCAGGGAGGCAGCAUUAACAUUACCUGGUACAAGUUAGAAAUGCACAUUCUCUGACAGCCCCGCCAACAGCUGCAGCUCGACUAGACGAGACAUGAUGGAGGUAGGUCCAGUAUACGAUAUUUCAAUGUCUGCCAGGUGCUUUCGAUGCAUGGUAAAGCCUGAGAGGCCCGAGGGAGAAAGGUGUGGCAGCCUGUUUCUGUGAAGGCGGACAGCUUGGAAACCCUGUGGGCCAUUGUAGUCAGAGCUAAGUCACCAACAGCAAGCUUAGGGUUUUGUUUCUGAACACUGAAUUCACAAAGGGACAGCUAAUCUGCUGGUGACUGUGAGGCAAUCUUUGAAACUACAGCUGUGGCACCUACAGCAUGGAUCUUUAGGGGCAUUUCUAGGGACAUGUUAGAGAGAAAUUAUAGAAGAUGUUUAUUUUAUGAAGAUUAUCUCUUCAACAGACUGAAUGUUUAUUCUCGAGAGUUAAAAUGAACCAUCAUCUAUUUUAGUAUACUUAUAUCAGAGCUAAGGAUACAAGACACAUACUUUAUAAGGUGAGCUUUUCAAUCAAGGAACAAUAGUCUUAAUUUACAUCCCCAAAUGAUUUUCUGCAUAACUUCCAGAUAUGUCCUUUGCUCGCGGGAGGAACCUGUUUUUAUCUUGCCUGGUAGGGAACGCCGGCAAGUAGUCCAGGGCUGUGCCACGCUCUUUCUCCACCUUCAAAAUGGAAACGUAGCACUUGACUGUAACUAAGUGACUGGUAUUGGCCAAGAAUCUAUUCACCGGGGCACGUCAGUGCAGACUCUCCUCUAUUUCUACUGAGGGUGGAUGGUCAUGACACUAUCUCUGAUUUUGGUCCUUGAUUCCCAGGAGUUUCCUGACUCUAUUGUUAAUUCCCAACAUCUCAUUGAAAAAGCAAAAAAAAAAAAUGACUUCAUUAUUUUAUUCCAUAUUUUCACUUUAGGAUAUGUGAAUGUUUAAUAUCUCUCAUGGUCAAAGAAUAGUUUUAUCCCUCUCAGAAUUAUGUCCAUUUCCCUGACAAUAUAGCUAGUUGUGUGUGGAUAUUUUGCAUUCUUGUUGCCUUUUUGCUUUAAUGCCUACAUGAAAGGUUCCUCAAGCGAUGGUUGCAAUAAUUUGGCUUUCAAAAAUAAAGAAAUCACACGAGCACACAUUUUAUGUUGUUGACUAUCCUCCUCCCUGUCAUCUCUUCUUUAUAGAAUUGCAUGCAUAUAUUUUAGAAUUGAAUUGGGCUUAGCUGAUAUUUUACAAGUGAUUGAGGGACUAUGUUA